ACACGCUCCCCUCCCGCCCCGCCGCGCCUCGCGCCCCUCCCGGCCCCGGCAGUGGAGAGCGAAGGCGCGCCGAGCUGCAGUGUCUGGACGAGAGUCCCUGGGGAAGUGUUGCGGCCCCGAGGCAGCCGCCCAGCGCAGGGUGGACGCUGCGCGCCGGUCCCUCCAACCGCCGCCCCUCUCCCCGGGGGUCCCGAGCUAGCGGAUGGGAGGCACGGCUCGCGGGCCCGGGAGGAAGGAUGCGGGACCGUCCGGAGCCGGACUCCCGCCUCAGCAGCGGAGGUUGGGGGAUGGUGUUUGUGAUACCUUCAUGAUGAUAGAUGAAACCAAGUGCCCACCCUGUUCGAAUGUACUCUGCAAUCCCUCUGAGCCACCUCCACCCAGAAGACUAAAUAUCACCGCUGAGCAGUUAACAAGAGAUCAUACUCAGCGCCUUCUGAAUGGAGGUGAGAUGAAGGUAGAACAGCUGUUUCAAGAAUUUGGCACCAGAAGGUCUGCUACUUUCCAGUCAGAUGGCAUCAACGACUCUGAAAAAUGCUCUCCUCCCAUGUCUCAGGGUAAAAGCUCAGAUAGUUUGAAUAUGGUCAAGUCCAGCAGUUCGUCGAAAGCAUCGAAAGCGGUGCCUCUGACUCCAGAACAGGCCCUGAAGCAGUAUAAGCACCACCUCACUGCUUAUGAGAAGCUGGAGAUCAUCAAUUACCCAGAAAUUUACUUUGUGGGUCCAAAUGCCAAAAAAAGACACGGAGUUAUCGGUGGUCCCAAUAAUGGGGGCUAUGAUGAUGCAGAUGGGGCCUAUAUUCAUGUACCUCGAGACCAUCUAGCUUAUAGAUAUGAGGUGCUGAAAAUUAUUGGCAAGGGGAGUUUUGGGCAAGUAGCCCGGGUGUAUGAUCACAAACUUCGACAGUACGUGGCCCUAAAGAUGGUGCGCAAUGAAAAGCGCUUCCAUCGUCAAGCAGCUGAGGAGAUCCGGAUUUUGGAGCAUCUUAAAAAACAGGAUAAAACUGGUAGCAUGAACGUUAUCCACAUGCUGGAAAGUUUCACAUUCCGGAACCAUGUUUGUAUGGCCUUUGAAUUGCUGAGCAUAGAUCUCUAUGAGCUAAUUAAAAAAAACAAGUUUCAGGGUUUUAGCAUCCAGCUAGUACGCAAGUUUGCUCAAUCCAUCUUGCAAUCCUUGGAUGCGCUCCACAAAAAUAAGAUCAUUCACUGUGACCUGAAGCCAGAGAACAUUCUCCUGAAACACCAUGGGCGCAGCGCGACCAAGGUCAUUGACUUUGGGUCCAGCUGUUUCGAGUACCAAAAGCUUUACACAUAUAUCCAGUCUCGCUUCUACAGAGCUCCAGAGAUCAUUUUGGGAAGCCGCUACAGCACACCUAUUGACAUAUGGAGUUUUGGCUGCAUCCUUGCAGAACUCUUAACAGGACAGCCUCUCUUCCCCGGAGAGGAUGAAGGAGACCAGCUGGCCUGUAUGAUGGAGCUUCUAGGCAUGCCACCUGCAAAACUUCUGGAGCAGUCCAAACGUGUCAAGUACUUCAUUAACUCCAAGGGCCUACCUCGCUACUGUUCUGUGACUACUCAGGCAGAUGGGAGGGUUGUGCUCGUGGGGGGUCGCUCACGAAGGGGUAAAAAGCGAGGUCCCCCAGGCAGCAAAGACUGGGUGACAGCACUGAAAGGGUGUGAUGACUACUUGUUUAUAGAGUUUUUGAAAAGGUGUCUUCACUGGGACCCCUCUGCCCGCCUGACCCCAGCUCAAGCGUUAAGACAUCCUUGGAUUAGCAAGUCUGCGCCCAGACCUCCGACCAUUGAAAAGGUGUCAGGGAAACGGGUAGUAAAUCCCACAAAUGCUUUCCAGGGACUGGGUUCCAAGUUGCCUCCAGUUGUUGGAAUAGCCAAUAAGCUUAAAGCCAACUUAAUGUCAGAAAGCCACGGUGGUAUACCUCUGUGCAGUGUACUGCCAAAGCUGAUGGGCUAGUGGACAGCCGUGUGCUCAGAAAUGCAUAUGUAUGUAUUUUUAAUUACCUCGCAAACUUGAAAAUGGAAAAAAAUAGAAGCCCAUUGGUGGAUAUGUUUUUGUUAGACUAGACUUCUUUUUUUAACAAGGCAAAACAUUUUUAUAUGACUGUAAAAGAACUCUUCAAGGGCUAAUUACCUAACCAGCUUGUAUUGGCCAUCCUGGAAUACACAUUAAAUGACUUUAUGGGUCAAUGCAUCUUUGUUAUUAUCAUCAGAUGUACAUCAGCCUGUGUAUUCUAUUGACUUAAAUCCCUUCCUCUCAAGAUAGAAAGUAUAUCCUGAGUGCUCCUCGCUUCUUGUCUCCCUCCCCGUCUGCUCUGAGGGCUUGUUUGGGACAUGGCUGUAGUGAUGGCCCUCUUGCCCCUGCAGGCCUUUCUGAUGGCUCAUUCUAGGUGAAAGCACUCACACCAGAGUAUGGGCGGGGAAGCUCCAGGAAGCUGUCGGUCACCUGGGGAAGCGGUGUUACUGCUUCUCAAUGGCUCCUUUCUCUUCCCUUCAAUUCUGUGAUGCGUGGUGUUUUUACUUCAUGUUGUUGUUAUUAUUUUUAUUAUUAUUUGGCCUCUGAUUUGUUUCCUUGGCACUCAAAACAUUUUGCAGACAUCUUCCUCUUUACCAAGUCCUGAUUUUAAAACUGAGUCGUAUGCAUCCCUUCCCACCUUUUCCAAGGAAGAUAAAUGACCCAGAAUGCUGAAGGCAGAAUCAGCAUGCAAGUGCAGUUCCCUAAUUUCUUGGAACCCUGGGGACCAGCCUCCUGCUGCAUUUUCACGGACUCUCUUCCUUGUGAAGUGAUCACUAUCAGGUAAAACCUAACUACAGUUUCGUGGUGUUCCCUCCUCUCUUUCCAGCUCUCUGCCACCCUAAUGUGCCAGUUUUCCCACUUUCAAUUUAAACCCAAGACUAUUUCUUAGAUUCUGAGUGAACUUCAAUUAUAAGAAGAAAAUCCAGAAACUAGUGGUAAUCCAUUUCAUUUUCCUUCACUUCAACAUCGUUUUUCUCUGCUAAGAUUUAAACAGUGAGGGCUGGCAGUGAAACUAAUUACUAGCCAAGCGUCUUCCUGGGAGAAGAGGAGAAGGAACGGUAGCUAAGUCACUGCUGUCUUUUUUUUUUUCCUUCCCUUCCUCUACUUCAGAGAGUUUAGUCUCUAUAAACUCCCUAAAUUCAGAAGGAGGCAACACAGUAACAAAAAGAAGAAAAUUGCCAUGGGUGCGUUAUUUAAGAAACUUUUGCCUUACCCAAAAGAAUUCCUGAUUGCCACAGCACAGGCUGUGAGAAAUGAGAACCAGCAAGUGUCCCACGUGUGGCCUCAGCCUCCAAGGCAUAAGGGCCAGAUGGCAGGGACUGCAGCCUCAGCCUCUUUGAAAGGCGGAUGUCCUCCUACUUUUGGUGACUGAGCAACUGGACCGUUUAAAACCUUAAUUAUUUCCUUUGCUCCUGGUUUACAGAAGGCAAUGGAACAUACAACUCCUUCCGUGCCUCUAAGUGAAGGAGAAGUUGUUUAAGAAUCUCCUGCAUUAUCUAGGCAGAGCAUAUGCUGACAUUUUGCCAGUUGUUAUCAGUGAGGAAGACCUGCUCUCUGUAGCAAACUGUUGAAAGGACUGCUACCCCAAACACGUCUGCCUGCCGGGCGCUAGAUUUCGGUGUUUGUGUGUUUAGUGAGAGAUCUCCUGGGUCAGCAGUGCUGUGUGGCUUUGGAGAGAAGGGAGCUGUGGCUGAGGUUGGCAUGCUGUCUGCCUGUGCUGAGUGAUCUGGGAGGUUACUGAAACGCGGCUAAGUGACAGGAUGGAGACAACCUGUGAAACUAUAGACAAAUUCUAGAAAGCUCUGGGACAGUGAAUGGAUGUGUUUCUGCCUAAAUUUGGCAACCUAGAGAGUGACGCAGAGCAGAGUCAUUCAAGUUGGCACGCCUGUCUUCUGCAGGCCCGUUCAAGCUUGGGGAGAGUGGGCUGCUUAAAACGUGGUGGUGUGGCGCCAGAUGGAUUCAGGGAGGUUUAUGAGUGGGUUUCAAGUUUUGGGACAAUUGUGGUUUUCAGAGACUGUCACCGUGUGCCCCCUUUUUUUAGCCACUGUUCAAUUUUUGCUGGGAUCCCUGCCCAGCCGUAGCAGUGAGUGACUCAGUGGGAUCAGAGUGAGUGCAGGGACUGUCUCGCCGUUACCGGCUUGUUCUUUGGCCGUUUUUGUUCUUCUGGUCCUUUCAUUUAAACAGGUCAAGUUAGUUGACUUCUUUUACUGAUUUUUAAGUUGACAAAAUCAUCUGAGUUUCCAAAUUGUUGACACAGUGAAACGAGUUGGGUAGGAAUUUUUGUUUUAUUUCAUUUCUAAAAUCAUUUUUUUUCAACAUGGGAAAUUGGCUAAUCCGGCUAAUACUUGCUCUUCUGAUUAGACUCCAUCCUCCCUCUGCCCUCACAGUGAUUGAUCUUUGAUUCAAUCAUGUACUAUCAUGAUAUCUCCUUAUAUUAGAAUGUAAGCUUAAACUGGGCCAAUGUCUUGAUGAUGCUCUAAAGCGUCAGAAAGGUCGUGAUGCUGUUGAUCAUGUGCAGAUGCUGGAGGUUCGUUUCCUUCCAUGUCCCAGGAGUGUGCUCACCUCGUCUUUUAAGUUGAUCCACACAGUCAAUCUCCGAUGUCUUCUUUUUGAGAAAGGAUAACUGGCUACAGGUCAUGUGAGACCACCUUCCUCUGGUCGAGUAUUUGACACUUUGAUAAUAAUGGAAAGAAACAUGCAGCCAUAACCUAACUGUGACCAAGAUUUUGCUUCUGUCCCACAGGGGCUCUCAGAAAGAGGAAAGUCUGGCCUGGAUCUUUCCCAAAGGAAAUUGAUGCCUGACUAUAGUAGCACGCUUUACUCGUGGGUGUUUUAAGGACGUUUGGGACAGACAAGUUAGCUGGCUAAUGUCGUUAUAUUUUGGUUUUCUUGACAUUUAAUCUCUUAAGAAUGGGGUUUAUUGUGUGAUCAAAAAGCAGAACAAAACAAAAGAUUAAAUAAAAAUUUCAAUUGUGAAACAGUGUGGAUCUGUAGCAGCUGGUCAUGUUGAAACACUCUCUGUUUUGCAUAAUUCCUAACUAGGCAUAAUUCAAGUUAAAUGCUAAAUUUUAGGUAGCAGCUGAUAAAGGGUUCUAAGCUUUUCUGACUAACAGAAUACUCCUACUACUUUAGUGGAUCAUGGAAAACUCUUUCUCAUUUAUUUUUACUUACUUCUGUUGCAUCUGCUAUUUGACGUCGUCAUCAUGGAAGUUGGAAAGGUGACAGUGACUGUUUUAGACUUCCCCUGUGUGCUGCUUCUCCUCUGAGAACUAAGGAUGAGCACUCACCCUGGGAGCCAGGCGGAACUGCCGCAGCGUUUUCCUCCACUCAUCAGUCUCUCCGGGCUUGAGCAUUCCGUAGAGCGCCAUAACUUACUUUUCGCAGAGCCACUGCAGAUGUCCACGAAGUGAACGAGCUGGAGUCCUCCAAAUAAGGAGAGAGAUGAGGCCAGGGAUUGGCAAAGCAAGGAAGAGCCAUCCGCUGCCAGGGCCAGCCUCCCACUUAGAAAUUAUAUUUUUAAUAUCAUCUUUUCAAUAUGUCCCACUUUCAUCUUCAACGUAUACUUCCUAAAGGCCAAGAUUUUGACAGAGUUUACUUCCAAACCUGGCCUUCAACCAUGAUGUGAUUAGGGGUAAUCCUUUCCAAUUGUCUGCGAAAAUUAUGCCUGCUAAUUUCAGUGAGAAAAGUUUUUGAGUCACAGUGAACCCCUCCAUGUAAGGACUAAAAGCUCGCUGGUGCCUGAGAUCCAUAACCCCUGAGAUAAGCCAGAGCUACAAAUGCAUCGUCCAGACUGUGAAGGAGAGGAUAUGCUUCUUAAUAUAGCUCACCAACCACCAAGUCAAGCUUAGACUCAAUCUUUCUAUAACAAGAGAAGCCUGCCUGACUUGACUAGAUUCUCACCUCUUCUGCCACUGCACAAAUAAACUAAAAGGAAAAGAUUGCCCCAAAUCAGGCCAGAUGCUGACCUGUGGCUAUUUCAGUCCGGGAUGUUGGCCUCUAAAGCGUCAGGUUUGAAUCAUUUUGGUAUGUGGGAUUCUGUCAUUGUUAUUUGAAUCUGCUGACACGCUGCCUCUGGAAAGGGCAUUUUGGCAUGGAUGAGUCAGUGUUUUUUUAUUUUGGGGUGUUUGUUUUUAAAAAAAUAAAGAUGAAUUGCUUUGAGA